AAAGAAUACAAGAAUGUGCAUAGCAAAUCAGAAAUAUCCUGCGUGAGCUUGUAACUGCCAAGUGGAUGCUCUCGUAUAACCUGCUGGCACCAAUGCGAUUAUAUACACUGUCCAAACGGCAUUUUGUCCUGGUCUUUGUAGUAUUCUUUGUUUGUUUUGGUUUGACAGUCUUCAUAGGAAUUGCAGGUCCUAAUGUAAUUGAAACUUCUGUAGCAAGAACUGACUUAAAUAACAGCCUGAAGCUGAAGCCGUUUAAUUUAAGUUCACCACCACUGUCUACUUACAAUCAGCAACUGUGGCUGACCUGCAUAGUUGAGCUGGAUCAACAUGAUGUAUCCCUCAAAAAAAAUGUUACUAUGAUAGUCAAAGUGCUUGGGGUGGUGAAGGAUGGAAGCACGCCAUAUGUUAAUAAUCAAGUUCACAACCGGACAAGAUUACUCAACUGUGCACAAAAAUGUACUGAAAUCAUUGUUGCUCACCUUGGCUACCUGAAUUACACUCAGUACAACAUAUUUGUUAACUUUGAAGAUCUGAAUAAGUUAACUUACACUAUCCAGAAUAUUACUUUCACAUGGAAGACCUACAAUCCCAGUUUUUCACAGGUGGAAAUCUGGUUUCGAUUUGUCUUUGUAGUUCUUACUUUCAUGGUCACGUGUCUGUUUGCACAUUCCCUACGAAAAUUCUCCAUGAGAGACUGGGGCAUUGAACAGAAGUGGAUGUCCAUCCUCCUUCCCCUCUUGCUACUUUACAAUGAUCCAUUUUUCCCCCUUUCUUUUCUGGUGAACAGUUGGUUUCCUGGAAUGCUGGAUGAUCUAUUCCAGUCACUGUUCCUGUGUGCGUUGUUGUUGUUCUGGCUUUGCGUCUACCAUGGUAUAAGAGUGCAGGGGGAAAGGAAGUGCUUGACUUUCUAUCUGCCCAAAUUCUUUAUUGUUGGACUAUUGUGGCUGGCCUCGGUUACAUUAGGAAUAUGGCAAACUGUUAACGAAGUACGUGAUCCUACGUACCAAUACAGGGUUGACACAGGUAAUUUUCAGGGAAUGAAAAUCUUCUUCCUUGUGGUGGCAACCACAUACAUUCUCUACCUUUUGUUCCUGAUAGUGAGGGCAUGUUCAGAACUUCGUAACAUGCCUUAUGUUGAUCUCAGGUUAAAAUUCUUGACUGCGUUAACCUUUGUAGUGCUUGUCAUUAGCAUUGUUAUACUCUAUCUACGCUUUGGAGCACAAGUUCUACAGGACAACUUUGUUGCUGAACUGUCGACUCAUUAUCAGAAUUCAGCAGAAUUUUUAUCAUUUUAUGGUUUAUUGAACUUUUAUCUCUACACAUUAGCCUUUGUGUAUUCCCCUUCGAAGAAUGCACUAUAUGAAUCACAACUGAAAGACAAUCCUGCUUUUUCUAUGCUGAAUGAUUCAGAUGAUGAUGUGAUUUAUGGGAGUGACUAUGAAGAAAUGCCACUUCAGAAUGGCCAAGCUAUUAGAGCCAAGUAUAAAGAAGAAUCAGACAGUGAUUGAUUAAAUGUGGACAAACUUGCUCAGCUGGGAUCAAAGUAACUUUUUAAGUUUUCCUGGAUGGAUCAUUUUCUUGGCUUUCUUAGAGCCUGCUGUCGUCAUCUGAACGCUGUCUCCCAGGAAUGACAUCCCGCUUCUAUUUCUGUUUACAAGAUUAAAACUGAAAAAAAGAAUGCUUGAAAAAGUGGUAGAAACUUAAAGAAACCAAAUUUUUUUUUUUACAAGUCUUAUAAAAUGUCUGAUAGCAGGAUGUCUGUGGACUAAAAUCUUUUAAGUCUAUUUCCAUUUAGAAGUCUCAAUGAUUAUAUGCUGAUUUUAAAAUUGCUUCGUUGCUCUGUGUGUGUGUCUAUGUUUUGGGGGUUUUUUUGUUUGUUUUUUGUGGGUUUUUUUAGGAGUAUGUACAGUAUACUAUCUUUAAUCUCUUGCACUUGUGCUAGCUCCUUUGAAUAUUGUCCAUGGCUGUACUAAGUGCCUCUUUUCAUUUAUCUUUUCUACAUUACUCAUUUGACCUGGAAGCAGAGGAUGAUGGGCUUUAGGGUUUUUAUUAUUACUAUUAUUUUUUAGAAAUGCAAAAAACCACAUGCUUUCCACUUAUCCUUUGAAGAGGCAAUGUUGAUUUAAAACCUUUGGGUUAAUUUAAACGUGUUUUUCAGAUGUGUUGUGUUGUAAGUGCAAGAUAUGUGCAAAUAGUCAAUUUUUAUUGAGCCAAAAUAUAGGCUCAGUAGUGUGAAAUAAUUUGUGUAGUAUAGAUUUAACGUUUUACCACCACAACAGAAGCGGGGUGGUUUUUUUCCCCCCCCCAAAUAGCCCUUUCAAAUGAAGCUGUCUAGGCAGUAGCAAAUCUCAGAAGGAAGCACAGUACUGUUCAGUGUUUUUUUCUGUAUCGUGGAGAAGAUUGUUACACUUAAAAAGUAUACAGCAUAAAGUUUCAUAGAGAAGUACGGUUGCAUAUUUCUUAACAUUUCAUUUUUAGAGGCCUUUUCUACAUCAGGAUUUUCCACGUAGUUGUGAGCGUUAACAGGGCAGUUGGUCUGCGUUUUAGGAACAGUCACGGCUACUCAUGUUGAACUUGUGUAUGAGUUAGCUUUUGAGCAUGUUCUGUGCAUAGUUCCGCUAUUUUUUCCUUAGGCAUACCACAAUUACUACCUGUACAGGUAGAUAUUUUUACUAGUACAUCGGUAUUCCAGUCUGUGCUGGGACAGUUAUAUGGGAAUUCAGUAUUCCUAUUACAAUGCUGCUGCUCUUCUAUUUCAAAAAUGUUUUUUUUUUCCCCCUAGUCUCCCACACUACCAUUCAAUUCUGUAUUUAAGUGACUGCUGUUUGUUUCUAACUACUUUGUAUACUUUCAGGUACUUGACCUGUCUGAAAGUCUCUUUUCAUGGAUUUAUAAUUGCUAUAUUCUCUUGUAAAAUUUCUCUGCCUUGCUGCUGUAUAGAAGACUAAAUAGCAACGACAGCGACACGAAGAAGCAAUGACAAAAGCAUUAAACAGUGAUACUGGCUUGCACUAGGGAAUUGUGCUCAUAAUUGAACUAGCUUAAGCAUACGAGUGUAAUGAAGUCCUGUGAGAUUUGCUGGAUCAUACUGGGGGAAAAAAGUGAGAUUUGUUCUGCGUUUAAGCUAUUCCUGUUCUAGAUCACUCCCGUUACUGCAGCUGGAGUUGCAUCUAAUGUCUUGGUACCUUUUCAAGAUCAUUUAGGGGACAUUUCACAGGAUUGCAGCUUGCUUGCAGAAGACUAAAGGAACUGCUUCAUGUGGUUGCAUCCUUGCUGUUGUAAAAAUAGUUCAGAUUAAAUCAGUGUGCUGUUGAAGGUGAGUGUGGUGAGAUACUUAUUGUGUGUAUAUGUGAAAACUUUCUGAAAUUAUGCAGCGCUAUGAAACUUUUCAAGGAUGUUUGGAAGUUAAAACUUAUGUACCAAGAAUCAUUUAUGUGGUAGAAGCCAAAGAACUAUCAUAUGGAUAAAGCACGGAGGUUGCUGGGAAAAAAAGGCUUUCUUCUUUAAUUUCUUAAUUAAUAGGUGUUAGUUUAGAAUAACACAUAUGAAAAAAAUUAAAAAGUGUUUCAAGUCAGUGGGGUUGUUCUUUUGGUGAACUGUAAUAAGCUGUACCCCUACCAUUUCCUUUUAGACUUUUUUUAAAAAUAAGUAUGGGAGAUGAUCUUUUUAUUCUAAAAGAGAAGAAACCAUUCCCCCCCUUUUUAUUAUUCCCCAGAUGACUGUCUGAGUGCUUACAGCUAUUGGAAUUUGCAAUCAGACCUGGGAGCCAACAGGAUGGCCUUCAUGUACCCCAGAUCCCUUUGACUUCCAUUGGAGUAACAGUAGGUAUGGGAAUUAGGUUUUCAGAAAUCAAGAUCUACAUGAUCCUGACCUAUUCAGAUCUCUUUGGCUCUAUUCUAAAUUGUUUUGAAUUGAUAAAUGUUUGAUUUGACAAAUGUGCAAAGUGUAGCAAUGUUUCUUACCACAGUCUGAGCUGGAUGUUACAAUUAACCCAAAAAUACAGUGUCAUGUUUUGGGAUUUCAUUAACUAAAGAAAACAUUUUUUAAUUUAACUUUGAGAUGAUGAUUUUUUUUUCUAAGCUGUUCUCAGCCCAUUCCAUUCGCUAUUUUGUCUGCAUUAACUUUUCUGCCUCACUACAGUCAAAAUGGAAAUAGAAUUGGUGAAAAAGGGAAAUGUAUAUUUCAAAAAAGUAUCUCACUACAAAAAUAUGAAUAUCCUUAAAAAUUUUUUUAGAGAUUAUAUAUAACCAAUUUUGGCCAUGCAAAUGGUUUUGUAUUUCGUAAGUGUUAGAGCAUGACAGUAAGCUUAGUUGAAGCACCAAGGCAUCAAAUUCAAUAUAUGGCAAAAAGGUAAAAGCAGUGAAGCAGAUCAGGAAACAGUUUUGCUAGCAAAAAAUUUCAAUUUUACUCUUCUUAUUCAUGAACAAUUGCAAAGCAGCGACAGUAACUGAGGAGUAUUACAAUAUGGAUUGUAAUCAGCUUGGGGGUAGGUAGCAUAAUUCACUUCCAAGUAAUGUGUGAUGCUUUAGUAAGCUAAGGCUGAAACAGAAGGGAUCUGGAUAAGAGACUCAUCUGGCUUUCAUUUGGUGAACUCUGAAGUAAUUUGGUAUUUCCAAUCCUAUUGGAAGUGUAUAAAAUGAGAAAAGUAUACAAAAUGAUAGCCCCAUAGUAUACAGAGUUACUGCUCCAAAUGCAAUGCCUUUUACUAAGUAAGUGAAGACUUUCAUGUUCGUAGUGAUCAAGAGGGACUUCUAAGAAAUCAGUUAUCACUGAGGAUGAACCAUUCAUGGCAACCUUUUUCCUGUAGCAUUUGCUUGAAAAAUACAGUUGGUGUUGGAAUUGGUUGGAAACUUUCCUAGGACUGGCAAAGGAAUAGCAAGCAUAAGGCUCAGCAUUAGUAAGGAACAGCUAGUCCAACAGACCCAUGAACUGAUCUGGGAAAAAAUGGAUGUUUCCAGCUAGAAAAGGUUUUGGUCUUUCUCUGAGCCAAGACAACUUUGUAUCCAUAGUGAUAUAGUUCUUGCCCACUUCCUUUUGCUUAUGCCAGUAAUAACCUUUGCAUUACUGUAAAACUUUUUAUAGAAGUUUGUAAAUAUGUAAAAUGAAGCUAAAAAAUGGAAAAGUUGUGUACAAAAUGGUAUCAUAAUGUGUAAGAUAAAUGCUGUUUAAUGGGAAGCUGUUAAUAAAAUGCUGCUUUGAAAAAGUGUGCAUGGGGAAUAUGUCGAAUAUUUGGUAUGUUUAGAAGCUGUGUAAUGGCAGUAAAUUAUCCAAAUUAUUAUGUUGUUGAACUUCAUCUUGAUAUGGAAUAUGAAGCAAAACUAAUAUUUUACUUCAAAAAAAAAGUCGUGUACUGAGUUUCUCGGAAGACUUCAUGUGCGUAAUCAUUGUUAAAUAUGUUCAUAAUAAAGUUUUAUAUCUUUA